CGCCCCGCGCCUGCUCGGAUCGGCCCCGCCGCCACCGCCGAGCCGGCACUCGGGGUCACUUUGAGUCGGCGCCAUCGCCAUGUUGAACCAGCUGCUGGGGCCGCGCUAUGUGCAACUGAUAAAGAACUGGACCCCCACCGUCGUGACAUGGGGUGGUGUGGCCGGUGUUGGUGUGAUCUGGGCCACAGACUGGAAGCUGGUCCUGCAGUAUGUUCCGUACAUCGGCGGCAAGUUCAAAACUGAAGACUGAGCUUCCCUCUAAUGGUGAGUUUUGUUUGUGCAUCUCUUGGCUU